UCCAGUUUUUGUUUCUAUUGUGUUUUGCUUUCUGCGGGUAUAUGUUUCCCACUCCUACUCCAGAAUUCAGGUUAACAAAUGCAAAAUAGUCUCAGAAGGACAGGUAGGAUCCAUGAAACAGAAACUUCCAUUUGCAUCUUAACAAAUUGCAGGUCAGCAUACAGUCUGGACACCCAUUCUGUAGAGAAGCUGAAUUUUAUAGACAUAACUGAAAGGGUCUCCAUGAAGCUCUUUUGGAUUCCAUCACAAGGCAUUAAUUGGGGCAAUUUUAAGUGUUUAUGUAAUGAAAGAGACGAAAAUCAUUCUUCCAUCAAGCAGCAAUAUAUGCCUCAUUCUGCAGCAGGUAAUUCAAAAUCGAUGUGACAAAGAAAUAUUAGGGAUUGUCAGAUAUGCUAAGUGUAGGAGAAGGCCUCCUUCUUUUUGUAGCAGUUAGUGAGUCAGUACUGGGGGUUUUAGGGAACGGAUUUAUUGGACUUGUAAACUGCACUGACUGUGUGAGAAACAAGAAAUUCUCUAUGAUCAGCUUUAUUCUCACUGGCUUAGCUACUUCGAGAAUUGGUCUGUUAUGGUUAAUAAUUACAGACGGAUUUGUAAGGAUAUUCUUUCCAGAAAUGUAUUCCUCCGGUAACCUGGUUGACUAUAUUAGUUACUCAUGGAUAAUUCUGAAUCAAUUAAGUGUCUGUCUUGCCACCAGCCUCAGUGUCUUCUAUUUCCUGAAGAUAGCAAAAUUUUCCCACCACAUUUUUCUCUGGUUGAAGAGAAGACUCAACAGGGUUCUUCUCAUUCCGAUGGGAUUAUUGCUAAUUUCAUGGUUAUUUACUUUUCCACAGAUGGUGAGGAUUAUUAGUGAUAAUAGAAUAAGAAAUGGAAGUACAACUGGGGUAGCCAACAUGCACAAAGAUAAAUUCCUUACAUACCAGAUUUCUCUCAAUCUGGGGACCAUUCUCCCCUUUCUACUCUGCCUGAUUACAUGUUUCCUAUUGAUCAUUUCCCUUUGGAGGCACAACAGGAAGAUGAAAUUGAAUGCCACAGGAUUCAGGGACCCCAGCACAGAAGCACAUAUCAAAGCAAUGAAAGUCUUGAUAUCUUUUGUCAUCUUGUUUUUCUUAUAUUUUGUAGGCGUUGCUAUAGAAACAUAUCACUAUACUCAGCCAGAAAACAAAGUGCUGUUUAUUUUUGGUAUGGCAACCAUAGCCAUCUAUCCCUGGGGUCACUCAUUUAUCCUAAUUCUAGGAAACCGCAAACUGAAGCAAGCCUCUUUGAAGGUACUGAAGCAUGUAAAGUGCUGGGAAAGAGAGAAACUUCUCAGAAUUCCAUGAUGGGCAUGGGGAGAACUGGAUGUUCCAAGAGAACAAUCCAGUGAAGAAAUCCCUGAAGAUCUGUUUCACUUGCACUACUUUCUUGCAUUGGUUUUAACGGUGUUAUUGCACAUCACUAGACUCUUCCAUAAUUAUUUUGACUGCAUCUCAGAUUUUAACUAAAUCUCUCCAAUGAGCUUUUAAUCCCACAUACAAAUUGAGUGGCUCAGUCAGCUUCCCUCCCUUGCAAUUGCUUCUUCCCACAUCCCCCACCCCCAGAAGAAAAACAGCUGUUCACUAUGACGAUAAUGACGGUGGAAUAAGUAUCUAAAGAUUUCUCCUUGUGCUUUACCUGACUUCUUGAAGCACUGACAGCCCUUCACCAAGAAAACCCAAAGGAAAAGAAACCAAGACAGUUAUGAUGAAUCUUGACAUUUAGAACAUGGAAGUGAGAGACAGAGAAAGAGGUGCUUCUUUUGAGCAUGCGGUUUUAAUUCUUUAAAGGACUGCUUUUAUUUUUACUACUUGAAUCCUAAUGUCAUUAAGAAAAAAAGCUAAUGUGUGUUGUGAUGCAGUAGCAAUAGUCAUAGCAUGGGGAAAGAUCAGAGCGCCGAUGAAAUGAGUCUAUAUUUUUCAAAUCCAGUAAUUUGAGAUAAAAGCUCGUCUUGAACUUCUUAAAUUAACUUAUGUGUCUAAUUUUUUUGGCUCUACUAGUAGUGCAAAUUUGGUCCCAAAUAUACAUGUGUUCAAGAUUACUAUCAGAAAUUUUCAGAACAACAAAUCUCCUUUGCAUUCUCCCUUCAAUUCAGUGUCAUGGUCGAGAGAUAAGUACCUCUAAUUUUAACCUUCUGCUGAGCAUAUAUUAUUUUCUCGUUUGUCCUUUAACAAAUUGCCUUUCAAGGUUCCUGGUUUAUUGAUAGUAUCCGAUCUCACUUCCAGCUUUCGAGAGGCCAAAGCUAGGGAAUGUCCCAUAUGCUCACGAUCCUUUAAAACUUAAACUCUAAUUUAGAGGAGUUUGAAAAUGCCCCUAUUUUCAUUACUUUUUUUCUCUCAAAAUCUGCACUUUCCCAUUAUUUUUGGCAUCUGAGGAAUCUUUUCUUUAUUUUUUUUCCUGACAGCUGGGCCAUGCAUUUAAAAUAAUUCUGAAGACUUGUUUUCCCAUAUUUCUUCAGAUAUCUGGUUGGCCAUAUUCUUUUUUCCCCCAGUUUUGUUGAGAUAUAAUUGACAUACAUAUUUGCCAUACUCUUAAAAACAAAGAUUAGUUGUUCUUUUCUACCUUCAUUUCAAUUUUUCUUUUUUUUUAAGUAAAUGUAUUCAAAGCUGUAUAUUUUCUGCCUAAAUAUUGAUUUAGAUACAUUCCACAAUGUUGACACGCAGUUAUACACAUAUUCAGUUCAAAGAGUCUCAAAAUACCCUUUGCAAUUUCCUCUUAAUUCAAGGGGUACUUAGCAGGAUAAUUUUCUAGCUGUAUGAACAGGUUUGUAAAGGUAAUUUUUCAUACUGAUAGUUUAUUUUACUGAAGUUGGGUUAAGCAACAUAUUUAUGUGAUAGCUGGCCUAAGAUAAGAUUUAUUUGGUCCAGUAUAUGAUCUAUCUUUGUGAAUGGUCCAUAUUUUCUUGAAAGAGGUCUGAUAAUGUGAAAGUCAAAUUUACAUGCAUUAGAUGAACCAUAUUAAAUAUAUUUCUUCUCUAUAUCCGUAUUUAUUAUGA